CAACAAAAAAAGUAGAUGGGGAAUUCUGACCUGUUGUUACUCUACAUUCACGUGAUUUCUUGGAACUGCUGUGGGAAACUGAAAGUAAAAAAGAAAAUCGGAGUCAGAGAAAUUGACACAGCAGCAGCCAUUUUACUGCUCAUCUCAUCUCAGCUCAUCUGACUGCUGACACACGAAGUUAGGAGAGCAGAGGAGCUGAAACAAAAUGACUACACCGGGUCAGGAGGAGAAGAGAUACGACCCGAGAGACACGACUCUGAAGUUUGUCAACAAACCGGAUGCUCUGGAUGCAUAUCCUCCGGAAGAUGGAGACCAGUGUCUCUGUGCAGAGAUGUCCUGCGGUCAUGCAGUCACUCCACAGUCUCUCACUGGCUGGUGUCGCAGUCUGCUGGAUCAGGGCCAGUACAAGUUUAAGUGCCCUGCUUUGAAGGAUGGCACUGUGAAGAAGUGUGAUAAAGAGUGGUCCUAUCAAGAGGUGCGCCGGCUGGCAGUGCUGACAGCUUCAGAGAUGGCGUACUUUGAAGAGAGGAUGGCCCGUCUGGCUGCCACAGAAUACUGUGAAUUCAAAACAUGUCCUGGCUGUAAAACGUAUGUGGAGAGAGAGGCCCAGAGCAACCUCAGCGUGAUGUGCACGAUCUGCACGGACGAAAAGAAGAAGGUUUACAACUUCUGCUGGCAGUGUCUGAAGGAGUGGAAAGGCGCAGCACCGCGCUCGGACCGCUGCGACAACGACGGCUGCAUCAACGCGGUCCUGGAGCUCCUCAAGAACUGCAAGACCACCGCCCUCUCUGAGGUACAGGGGGUCACUGCGUGUCCCUCCAUCCGGGCCUGUCCCACCUGUGGUACAAAGGUGGAGCACGACACAACGGGCUGUAAGAACAUCAUCUGUCCUCGCUGUCAGGUGGAGUUCUGCUUUGUGUGUCUGAAGCUCACUCCUGAGUGCCUGCAGACAAGCUCCUACUUCCUCCCCUGCAGUGCUGGUGUGGCUCCCAAACAAACCUCCAUACCUGUGUGGCACCGAAACUAAGAGAAACACUGCACACACAUUAAUGUAGUUUACUGUCUUUUUCUGUCAUCUUUUCUUGGAUUUCAAUGCAAGAUUGCCUUAGUAACUAGAGCCAAAAGUGUAGACUUAUAAGCUUAUUUUUUCACGUAUUGAAAAUAUCUGCUUUAUUUUCUCUUAAUGUUUUAUAAUGCACUGUUUGUAAUGUUGUUGUUGGAUCUCUUUUCAAUAAUAGUCAAUCAUUAAUAACUGAAUAAAUAAAGUUUCCCUUAA